AGAGUGCAUUGAGGUCAUUACAAGGGAGGCUUGAUAAAAUGCAAGAAAUCAAAGUGACCUGUAAUCAAUCAGCAAAUCACGUUAAGAGACAACCAGGAUAGCUGUUCUGAGGGAUGAAGAGAAGCAGAAGAGUCAGAUGAUAAAGCAGAAGAUCGGGGAGAUGAGCAGAGAGAUAACAUGUCUUUCUGACACCAUCACAGCUGUGGAAAAUGAGCUGAGUGCUCCGGAUGUCCUCUUCCUACAGAACUUCACAAACACAAUGAAAAGAGCCAAGUGCACACUGCCUGACCCAGAGAUGGUUUCUGGAGCACUUCUCCAUGAGGCAAAACACCUGAGCAACCUUCAGUUCAGCAUCUGGAGCAAAAUGCAAGGGAUUGUUCAAUAUGCUCCUGUUACUCUGGACCCAAAUACUGCAAAUUCAAAACUAAUACUGUCUGAGGAUUUGACCUGCCUGAAAACCUCUCCCGAGAGGCAGCAGUUUCCUGACAAUCCAGAGAGGUUCAACAGAUUUGCAUGUGCCCUGGGCUCUGAGGUCAUUAAUUCGAAUGUGCACAGCUGGGAUGUUGAAGUUGGAGAGUGUACAUACUGGAUCCUGGGGGUGAUUACAAAGUCAGUGCAGAGGAAGGAGGUGGAUUUCUGGAAUGGAGUUUGGUGUUUGCAGUUCCAUAAUGGUGAUUAUGAGGGCUACUCUCCAGGGAAGUUGUGGUCUCUCCUUGAUGUAAAGAAAAGGCCACAGAGGGUCAGAGUGCAGCUGGACUGGGACAGAGGAAAAGUGUCUUUCUCUGACCCAAUCACUGACACACAUCUACAUACUUUAAUGAACACUUUCACUGAAGGGGUCUUGCCACUCUUUCACAAUGGUUGUAAACACUCUACUCUGAAGAUUUUACCUUCAAAAUAUCAUCUGUUGGUGUAAUAGUACAGGCAGACAUACUAUGGCCUGAACUUAUUUGACAUCAGUUUGAUACAGACAUGAAGGCAUAAUCUUACAUUUUAUACAAUGUAAUCCUUUUCGCAGAAGUAUUGUGAAUCUGCCCAAAAUGAUUUUGACAUAAGUGAUGCUUGCUGUAUGCUUAGUCCUAAAUUGUAUCAUGCUAGGGACAAAAGAAAACAGAUGUAAUCAAAAUUAUUUUUAUCAAUAUUACUCGAGGUAUAGAAUAAAACGCAUAAAACAUACAAAAAAGCAUUAACAUCACUUGUUGCAUUGAUUAUGGUUGUAGGAAUACAGCUGCACACUUGGAACUUGUUACACUUACUACUGUGCAAUACAGUGUUUAGCAUGAAUGUUUUUGAUUAUUCCUUAAAAUUACUUCCUCACAGUUAACCAUCAAUCUAUAAAAUGUAUUUAUAGCAUUUAUUAGGAGGAUAAAGAACUUAUCAGGCAAGCAUACAUGCAUUCAAAUGCAUCAUGCUUGUUUGUACUGUGUCUGUUUGAACACUGACUGUUUACAAUGUUAGUGAAAACUGAAAAAUACUGUCUUUACAGUUUACUGUAAAUGUAGUUUUUCAACGAAUAGUUGUUGUGUUGGGUCUUAAUCAGUGUUGCUAAUCUGUUACAUUCAUAUGGAAACUACAUAAAAAAACAAUUUAAUAAAAAUAUUACACAUCAUGGUGAAU